AUGUCUAUAUCCUCUUAUAUCUCUACGCACAGAACCAAGAAGCCCUACAAGAGUUGGCUUAAAGACGGCGUCAAUAAUGGACCCAAUUCUAUGGAUAUUCUUAUUGGCUGGUUAACUGUCAAGGAGAAUUAUGUUAUGUGGCGAGGUGACUCUACCGACAGAACUCCCAAGAAGUUACUUUUACAAGAUAUCAUCGUCAAACUCAACCAAGCUGGUAUUUAUCAUCGAGUCCCCAAAGAUGUCGCCAGCAAAAUGUCCACUCUCCAGAGCAACUACAGAAUAGCCCGCAGAUGGUACGAGACCGAAGGUAGAUCGCUAUUACAGAAAGGAGUACAAGAGGCUGCUGUGCACAAUGAGUUAUUGAAACGGUUCCCAUACUGGGACGCCCUCCACAGCGUAUUUAAUCCCUCAAAACAAGAGCCCAUAACUACCAACGCAACGACCACAACCACUACUACGACUACCACCUGGCCAAUGUCCAUCCACUACAUCCUUCACUCCGCAGACGAUGGCCUCAUAAGUUCCCCUGAGACAGAUCAUGAAGAAGAGUACGUCAAACAUCCCGACCAUUCGAGCCAGCCCUGGUACCAGACCAGCUUUGCCAAAAAUGUGUCAAAUUGCGCGCCUGUGGAGAGUACAGUACCUGCACCCGUUCCUUCAAGACAACGCGGUGUAUCUUGUGUAAAUACACAACUAGGACGAGAUGCUCGAAGAAAGAAGCGCUCCCAAGAAAUGUUUGAUUUCAUUCUUGAGAAACGUAUUGAGCGCGACCGUGUUUUGUUGGAAAAGGAAAAGACACGUAGGAUCCGAGCCAAAGCUGAUCUAGUAAAGAAUAUGGCAACCGCUGGAUUUUCCAGAGACGAAAUCACCUUUCAACUCCAACUCCUUUAA